AAGAAACGAGUUCCAAGAUUUAUCUGAUAGGUCCUGUACGAUGUUGCAAUGGCUUGAAGUUCGGCACAUAUAUAAGCCUGCUCAGCGCUACCAAAGCGCAAGUACUGUCUCUUACAAGACGAUCAACAUGGCCCUGAAGCUCAUCCUCCUUGCGGUCACGCUCACAGUGGUAGCAGCAGUAAGUACCGUGGACGCAGCAGCUGCCCGUGUGAGCUGUUUUGAAAGCCACCUGAAUGUGCCCGUGAAGUAAAGAAGCACGUGCACCACCGGUGCUGUAUAUGCUUCACUGUUCCGGGGCUGAACGCAUUCGUACAUUGUCAAGCCUAACGACCCGCUUUUCUAACCGGGAAACCGAAAGGCUCGUAAACUUUUCAUCUUGCCAGGACGACGUGCAGCCCAUCGGAUUCCUGAGUGUUUUCCCCAUGGCGUGGUCUGUUCCGCGUAGUUCUGCGAUCAAAACUACGCUUUCCCGAGCCGAUGAAAGCGCGCCGUCGGGGGUCGGCGGAGCCGACGGCCGCCCUGGCUGCCAGCGCGUCGCGAAGCGGAAGCGGGACAUAGGAAAUAGAGGGUGGUCCACAUUACCCCGUAUGGUCCAUAUUAGCCUGUUUUACGGUACCGAAUACAUUAGUAAAAUGACGAACAGUGAUUGUAGCUCGGUUGAUGUCCUAAAAGAACGAUCCUGGACAGAAGGAUUUUUAAAAACAACACUCUAACAUCCUGAUCUAUUGACACGAUCAAAUUGUUAUGUUACAAAUAGUUUGUUUUGUACCGCCACGAACAGCUCGGAACCGAAAUUGACGAAUAAUACUCGUUAAUUUCAAUUACGAACUAUUCGUGACAGAUAAAUAUCGUGAAAUGACGAAAUUCACUAACAGUGUUCUGAAGUAUGCUCUAACGGAGGGUCCGUUGCCAGCCCCCUUAGUAUCAGAUGAAUGUCUACAGUAUACAUCUGCAGAGCACCCGGUGGAGAGUCGUCUCCCACAAUGACAACAAUAAUGUAUGUAUCAUUUUUUGAGGAAAUGCGGAAAACUUUGAGGAACUUCCACUUUUUGGAAAAACUCCUCCGAUCUCGUUUCAGGUUUUAGGGACUCUUCUUGGAAAACGAGUAAAAAAAAAAUCAAUCCAAGGAAGUUCCUCAAAAUUUUAGCUUUUCCCUCUAAAAAUUACAUUAUUUUGACGGUGCCAUUAGAGAUCUACACAGAUGCAUCUUUGUCACCGGGCGCUCCACAGGUGUGCCUUUGUUACCGGGCGCUCUGCAGAUGUGGCUUUGUUCGCCGGAAACGUCGAUUGUCGCGGCAUAGGCCAAGUCACGGCUUGCGCAUGCUUUUCGACAUCGUAAGCAGUUCCGCGUAGCGUAGUUGUAAUUUGACGCGCAUUUUCAUUAAAACUGGCUAUGAACAAACUGAUUUAUAAAUGUAACUAAUCCACUAGACCAUUUUGUUAUGUGCUGUAGGAAGCUUAAAAAAAUGGACUACGUGAACAACAAAGUAUACCGAGGAUCUCUUGUUACAGUACGAUUCAAAAUGCCCCAGCUGGGAUUACUGCAGCAUCUACACCGACGAGGAGUUGGCCAUCAUCUACUACAACUCGAAGUAUUGUAUGGACCUUGUCCCGGACAAGA